AUGGCCACUAGCUCGGAGCAACUCGAUUUCUUGCGUAUGUUGCUGGGCAAAUUUCAAGAGAAAAUCGAUCAAAAGGAUUCACUCGAGAAAUUGAUCGAAGAAAGAUGUCGUGUUUUGAGCACCGAAGGAGUCGCUAGUAUCAGGAAAGCCCGUCUCGAUCAGGCAAACAAUAAACGACUCCUCAAAGAGAAGAUGACCGAAUUGGACAGAAAAGUCAAGGAAGAACGUGAGAAAAGCAAUAAUCUCAAGACACGCACUGAAGAGAACAAGAAAGCUAGAGACGAGAAAAUUCAAGCUCUCAAGACGGCCAUUAACGAAUGCAAAGAGAAACAAGAGCGAAUGAAUCAACAACGCAAUGGACUUAUCGAACUAUUCAACAAAUCUAUUCACAAUGAUGCAUUGAUUUCUCAAAGGAAUCUCGACAUCGUCAACAAAAAAGAUGCCACUCAGAAAAGAAGUCUUGCAGUGAAGAAUGGUGAUAACAUUCUCAUGUUGCUGGAGAGGAAGGAGAAUAUUGAAUCGAUGAUCAAAGAUGAAACGAUCAGUGAAGAAGGCACAAAGCAAUUGCCAAUCGGAAACGAAAUGAUGGAUCUCGCU